AUGUCAUCUAAAGGCUACAAAAAGCCAUCUUUAUAUGGGUACGCCAAAAUAUACAUUUAUAGCUUCCUUACGCUGAUAGUUGGAAGCUACGGGCUUUACAAGCUCCUAACGAACCAUGGUGAAGACAUUAACAUCGGAAAAUUCUUGAGCCGCACGUCGCCCUAUAUGUGGGCCAACCUAGGUAUCUCAUUGUGCAUAGGCCUGUCAGUGGUUGGAGCUGCAUGGGGGAUUUUUAUUACUGGUGCGUCGAUUAUCGGGGCUGGCGUUCGCGCACCACGCAUCACAACAAAGAACUUAAUCUCCAUCAUUUUCUGCGAGGUGGUCGCCAUUUAUGGAUUGAUCAUGGCGAUUGUGUUCUCCUCGAAACUCACCGUCGCAACACCAGAGACCCUAUUUUCGAAGUCGAACUUGUAUACGGGGUACUCCUUGUUCUGGGCUGGGAUUACAGUCGGUGUCUCCAACAUGAUCUGUGGUAUUGCAGUCGGCAUAACCGGUGCUACUGCAGCCGUUUCGGAUGCUGCAAACUCGGCCUUGUUUGUGAAGAUAUUGGUGAUUGAGAUUUUUGGGUCGGUCUUAGGGUUGUUGGGUUUGAUCGUGGGCCUAUUGAUGGCGGGCAAAACAGUCGAAUUCCAAUAA